AGGUAACCGGUUAUAACUUCCUGUUUGGGUUGAAAGCGGAUGUGAACAGAUGAACGCUUCCCCUGUCUACUUGUGUUACUAGUUUUUCAACAUUUUGUCUAAAUAAGUAAACACACUCGAUAGAAGAUGUCGGAAACGGGGAACCGACUACGGAAGCUGCUCGAAUCGCCUAAUUUCGACCCGCAGAAUUACGUCAAGCAGCUGUCACAGCAGUCCGAUGGCGACAGAGAUCUGCAGGAGCAUCGUCAGAAAAUCCAAAACUUGGCCGACGAAACGGCUCAAAACCUGAAGAAAAAUGUCUACAAGAACUACAGACAGUUCAUCGAGACGGCCAAAGAGAUCUCCUACCUGGAGAGCGAGAUGUACCAGCUGAGUCACAUCCUGACGGAGCAGAAGAGCAUCAUGGAGAGCAUCACCCAGGCCUUGUUGUCCGCAGACAAGGACGAGACCUCCAAAGAGAUGCAGGCUGCUUUCCCCAAAGACACGGAGGAGCUGAAGCAGAGGACGCUGACCUCACUGCUGGAGAAAGUGGAGGGGGGCAAAAACAUCAUGGACACCCCAGGGAGGCACCUGGUCUACAACGGGGACCUUGUGGAGUUUGAUGUCGACAACAUGUCCCCCAUCCAGAAGGUGCACGCUUUCCUCAUGAACGACUGUCUGUUGAUCGCCACCUGGCUACCGAACCGCAGAGGAACCGUGAAGUACAAGUACAACGCCCUGUACGACCUGGAGAGCUUCGCCGUGGUCAACGUGAAGGACAACCCUCCCAUGAAGGACAUGUUCAAGAUCCUCAUGUUCCCAGAGAGCCGCAUCUUCCAGGCGGAGAACAGCAAAAUCAAGAAGGAGUGGCUGGAGAUCCUGGACGAAACCAAGAAGAACAAAGUCAACAAGGAUCGGCACAAGAUGGAGGAGGAGGCCCCUACGUCUCCCGUAAGGGCCGAGGUGUCCACCAAUCCCUUCGAUCAGGAGGACGACGAGCCAGCAGGCCCCGGGGAAAGUGUGGACCUCAGCCCCGAGUGGAUCCAGGAGCUGCCGGAAGAUCUGGACGUGUGCAUCGCCCAGAGAGACUUCGAGGGUGCUGUGGACCUGCUGGACAAGCUCAACGAGUACCUCAAAGACCAGCCGGUCACCCAGAGGGUCAAGGAGCUGAGGCUGAAGGUGGACGAGCGUGUGCGGCAGCUGACAGAGGUUCUGGUGUUCGAGUUGUCUCCGGAUCGGUCACUUCGUGGUGGACCCAAAGCCACGCGGCGGGCCGUGUCCCAGCUGAUCCGACUAGGCCAGUCCACCAAGGCCUGCGAGUUGUUCCUGAAGAACCGCGCUGCCGCAGUCCAGACGGCCAUACGGCAGCUCCGCAUAGAAGGAGCCACGCUGCUCUACAUCCACAAACUCUGCAACAUCUUCUUCACCAGCUUGCUGGAGACGGCCAAGGAGUUUGAGAUGGACUUUGCGGGGAACACGGGCUGCUACUCCGCCUUCGUGGUCUGGUCCAAAUCAGCCAUGAUGAUGUUUGUGGACGCCUUCAGCAAGCAGGUGUUUGACAGUAAGGAGAGCCUGUCGACAGCGGCCGAGUGUGUUAAAGUGGCCAAGGAGCAUUGUCAGCAGCUGACUGACAUCGGCCUGGACCUGACCUUCACCCUGCAGUCCCUGCUGGUCAAAGACAUCAAGGCGUCCCUGCAGAGCUACAACGACAUCAUCAUCGAAGCCACCAAGCACCGGAACUCUGAGGAGAUGUGGAGGAGGAUGAAUCUCAUGACCCCCGAGGCUCUGGCUAAACUCAAGGACGAGAUGCGCAGCUGUGGCAUUGGCAGCUUCGAGCAGUACACCGGCGAUGACUGCUGGGUGAACCUGAGCUACACCAUCGUGGCCUUCACGAAGCAGAUGAUGAGCUUCUUGGAGGAAGGCCUGAAGCUCUACUUCCCCGAGCUGCACAUGGUGCUGCUGGAGGGCCUGAGGGAGAUCAUCCUGGUGGCCGUGCAGCACGUGGACUACAGCCUGCGCUGUGAGCAGGACCCGGAGAAGAAGGCCUUCAUCAUGCAGAACGCCAGCUUCCUCCACGACACCGUGUUGCCGGUGGUGGAGCGGAGGUUUGAGGAGGGCGUGGGCAAGCCCGCCAAACAGCUGCAGGACCUGAGGAAGAGCACCAGACCCGUUCGGAUCAAUCCAGAGAGCACCACAUCUAUGGUGUGAGAUCGCAAUAAAGGACGGUGGCCGAAAAAACACUCAAACGCUCUUUUUAACUGACUGUUGUGGCAAUUAUUUUAGGAAUGACUAGAUGCUACAAGUCGGUUGUUUUGAGAUCGCAGGACAAGAAAUGACAGAAUGCAGAAUACGAUACCCCAAGAGAGGUACGUGUACGAAGAUAUUUGUACCAACACUCACAAAACUGCCUGUUGAUGUUGGCGAAUGUUGAUGAAAAAAUGAUCAGAUCUUUGAGAAAUGAGCCAUUUGAAAUGUUCCGUUUGUCAGUGGAAAAUCCCUCAUCGACAGAUUUGGCACAUCGAAGUGUGUUUUCAUGUCGGAGUGUGUGCUGGUAGCCAAGUGCACACAUUUGUAUAAUCGUGCAAUGAAUACAUGGCUCAUCAGGACACAUUUUCAGACAAGCAGCUGAUGAAUAUGUUAAUUUUCUGCAGUUUGAGUUUUGUGCAUGUGAUACCCAGUUCUGUCUAUUGGCAAAAAUAUCAUCUUAAUGCAUCAUGCAUGUACUCGCCAUUAACAAGAAUGCUGUUUGAAAGUUUUUAAGUAAUAUAUAAUGUUUGAUUCAAACUCACUCAGCAGUGAUUUUGACGCUAUACUGGACCGUUAUUAGACACUAAAUAGUAUUCUAGCUUAGGACUGAUUUAAAAGGGAUGACUGAAAGGAAGAUACACUGGUAAAUGUUGACCGUUUGUGUUGAAGAAAAGCACAUGAAAUUAAAUAAAGAUCUUCAUGCACAA